CUCUCAUGCUCUCCGCCAUAACAGACGCAUUUUGGCACAUUCUCCAGCAGCAGUCAGUCAAAGCAAAGUGACGCGGAGCAGCGGACGGCGAGUGUUUUGGAUUUACGGCACUGGGAACCGUUUUCACGGCCGCUGUGCUUCCAGCCUGAUUGAAAAGAGUCAGCAUGUCCAGCGAGGUGCAGCCGAGGCCGGACGACAGCCCCAACACCAGCGGUGGGAGCUCCGACGCCGAGCAGAGGGAGGCGGCCCCUCCGGAGCAGGCCGGCCCCGAGCAGCGGGACCAGUCUCAGCCCAAGAAGAAGGAGGCCAAAAUCUCCAGCAAAACUGCUGCCAAGCUCUCCACCAGCGCCAAGAGGAUCCAGAAGGAGUUGGCAGAGAUUACUCUGGACCCGCCACCAAACUGCAGUGCCGGCCCCAAAGGAGACAACAUUUAUGAGUGGAGGUCCACCAUCCUGGGCCCCCCGGGCUCCGUAUACGAGGGAGGAGUGUUCUUCCUGGACAUCGCCUUCACACCAGACUACCCCUUCAAACCCCCCAAGGUGACGUUCCGCACCAGGAUCUACCACUGCAACAUCAACAGCCAGGGGGUGAUCUGCCUGGACAUUCUGAAGGAUAACUGGAGUCCUGCCCUCACCAUUUCCAAGGUCCUGCUGUCCAUCUGCUCCCUGCUCACCGACUGCAACCCUGCGGACCCCCUGGUGGGAAGUAUCGCCACACAGUACCUGACCAACAGAGCCGAGCACGACAGGAUAGCCAAACAGUGGACCAAACGCUACGCCACAUAGAGCCGCUCUCACCCCAACGUCAUGUCCAACACUUCCUGUCCUCCGGCUCAACGGAAUCAUCCACCCCCAAACCCCACCUACACCCCCACCCCGCUGACAUAUGAACUGUUCUUUGUUCCAUGCUGACUUGAAAAGCUUCUUUUUAUACAAAGAGUCUAUUGGGAUUGUAUUUUCCAAUACACUGAAUGUUGAUAUGGUCAUGAAAAGCUUUAAUACUGUUAUUGUUCUUGUUGACGUUGCUGUUCUUAAUGCAUUGUUUAUACCAUGGUUGCCACUCUGGUCAUGUCCAUUAUUGAAACGUGUGUGUGUUCGUCCGUGUGCGUGUGUGUGUGUGUGUACUAUCCAUGGGUCAUGUGAUGUAAAAAUGUUCAUACUGAGUGAGAGUGUGUGUGUGCGUGUGUGUGUGUGUGUGUGUGUGUACUAUCCAUGGGUCAUGUGAUGUAAAAAUGUUCAUACUGAGUGAGAGUGUGUGUGUGUGUGUGUGUGUGUGUGUGUGUGUGUGUGUGUGUGUGUGUGUGUGUGUGUGUGUGUGUGUGUGUAGUUUUCUGUUUCCGGUCAGUAAUAGUGCAUGGCGUCUGGAUGUGUGUUCAUGCAGUGUCGUCAUGGUAUCCGUUGUGUUCCUGCAGACUUGUGGCAUGGACUGAGCUCAUCAUCAUGUAUGACAUUAGGUGUUAGUUUGCUGUACAUUUAUUGCCUUGUGGGAAUACAUAGUGAAUUAAACACUGGCUGUAAUGUGA